AUGGGUAACGUGGGAUUCUUCUCCAAUGCAUUCUUCGGCUUCAUUCUGGUAUUCCUGACAUUGUGUCACAUCAGUCGACAAUUCGGAUCAUAUAAGUACUUGCUCGUGAACUUCCAAGUGCUUGGAUUCAUUUUCGCCACAUUCGAGUAUCUUUUUCACACGUUCCUGCACACCUACAAUGCGAGUUUGAUCUACUUUAGUUUCUCCCGCCCAUUGGGUCUUUCAAAUUUCACAAUGGAAUGGAUGAUGGGAAUCUACACAGGACUAUACUCUGCAACAAUUUGCCAGCUGGCAAUUCAAUUCAUUUAUCGGUACUGGGCACUUUUUGAUACUCCGAAGAUCAAAUAUUUCCAUGGAUGGUACUACUUGAUUUGGGUGUCCUAUUACUCAUUCUUCGGAGUCCUAUGGGCAUUUGCAGUUGGGCAUUUCUUUGCGAUGGAUGACUUCGGAAGAGAAUACCUUGGUGGGGAGAUACUUCUUCGUUACGAGAGGAACAUCACAGAUAUCCCUGUGCUUGGCCUGAUUGCCUAUGAAGGUAAUAGCAUCCGCUGGAGGAAUGUCUAUGGGCUCUCUCUAAUGACAUUGAUCUCCACAAUACAGUACUCCAUCAUAUUGAUUUGUGGGCAAAUUAUGUACGAAGGAAUGCGUAUUAAACUAUCCCUUCUUUCUGCUCAGAGUCGACGUCUUCAUAAGCAAUUUUUCAGGGCUCUCGUGAUUCAGAUCACUGCGCCAACAAUCAUUCUGUUCUGUCCAGUCUUCUUCAUGAUCUACGCCCCAUUUGCAGACUUGGAAAUUAGUUUCCCAUCGUGUAUAAUCCAGAGUGGCUUCACAGUGUAUCCAGCUAUUGAUUCGAUCAUCAUGAUGAGCUGUGUUUCUGAGUAUGGAAGGGCGCUGAAAAAAGUGUAUAGGAAUGCGAAGAAAUUUUGUGCUGUGAAAAUUCCGAAAGACGUCAGCAAAGAUGUUGUUGGAGCAAACGUCAUUACUACAAAGCUUUGA